UGGGUACUUGUACAAGUACAUAACCUUAAAUUGAACCUAAAUUGAGCUCUGUGCGUUGAAUAAAUUAAAUAAAUAAAUAAAAAGUAUAGGAUUUUUUAAAAAUUAAGUGAUAUUACAAUGUUGGAAAUAACUUGCAAUGAUCGUUUGGGAAAAAAAGUACGAGUUAAAUGUAACCCAGACGACACAAUUGGAGAUUUAAAGAAAUUAAUUGCCGCUCAAACUGGAACUCACUGGGAAAAAAUUGUUUUGAAAAAAUGGUACACUAUUUACAAGGAUCAUAUUAAGCUACAGGACUAUGAGAUUCAUGAUGGAAUGAACUUAGAAUUGUAUUAUCAGUAAUUUGAAUUCUUAAAUAAAAGCUGCUGGUUGCUGGUGAUGGAGGGGAUCCAAAGUGUAAAUAAAUAAAUACAUUAUUAUUAUUAUUA